CUGAGCGGGCUUUCUGCCAUUGAUUUGCGAUGCCCUUCAUGCGACGUCCUUGAUGACCUAUUCUUCAGUGAAGAUCGAACGAUAUAUGUUUAUACUCACAACUGUACGGGGUGUUCUAGUCAACAGCUUCAACAUUGCAUUAGCUAUUGCGAAGUGACCACGACGACGUUGGAUGCGCUCUUCGAUCGCCAGGAAUUCGGUGCGAUAGUUAUGGGUUGUGAUCCAAAUUGGGCGAUGGACGCUCUACAAAACCGAUUCAUCGUAGCCGAAGAAUUGAACGUCUGGAAGUGUCUCGAUUCGAACUCCUCAGUUUCGUACUUGCGAAGCAUCCGCGGUCUGAAAAAGCUCUCCCUCACCCUCCCCACAUCAGUCGACAACAUCGCGACUAACUUUUUCCCGGAGAUGUCGGAUCUAGUCGCGUUCCAGCUGACUGCACAAGCGCGUCUAACACUAGAGCCGAACGCGUUGAGUAGACUUUCAAAAGUACAAAACGUAACAGUCAGGUCUGAAAAGGACAUAGUCGUCAAGCCAGGCGCGUUUCGUGGUCUGGCGGCGCUGCAAAACCUUACCUUGUUUACCGAUGAUGGACAGACCAUCCAAUUGCCGGAGCGGCCGUUCGAAGGUCUUCUCUCCAUCGAAACUUUAACAUUGCAAACUGGUGGCUGUAGGCAAGCGCCCGUUGUGUCGAAUGUGACAUUCCGCGACAUAGCUCACACUAUCCGAAACAUUAGUCUUACCGGCGUUAACGUAACGGGCCGGGCAUUUGCUGGUUGUGCGAAUCUCCGUUCUGUCCAAUGGGCUAGAGGGUACCGGUGCUACGGAGAGGCGAAAGUUGGUAUUUCUCCUCAAGCAUUUCAAGGAGCGACAUCACUGGAGUCCGUUACACUUCACUCUAUACGUCUACAAAACACCGGAGGAGGCAUGUUCGAAGGUCUUCAUAAUGUAGUCAAUCUGUCCAUACAAUUUGAUACUGACGACGUCCGUAGCUAUAGCCCUGAGAUCAAAUAUCUUCCAAACGACAUGUUCACUGGACUUUCAUCUGUUCGUCGCAUUUGGCUCGACGGAAACCCCGAACUGCCAGGGGACAUAUUCCAAGGGUUAGAGUCCCUGAGAGAGAUCAGGAUUGAGAACAUGGUCGCUCGUGCCACAGAGAACAGCUCGGGAAAGUUCUGUUACACGGACUUCCAGCGCCUGUUCACAGGGCUGUCGUCUCUGGAAAUUGUCCGACUCGAAAACAGCGAAGUCAGAUGCGGGACGCUGCCGGUUUCCACAUUCAGUAGCCUUCCGUCUCUGAAGGAAGUACAUCUUUAUAGAAUCAGAUCCUUAACGUAUUUACCGACUGGAUUUUUCCACGACGUUCCUCUCCUGCAUACGUUCAAGUUUUCAAAAACGACAGAUUCGUAUUCUAAAACACUUACAUUGCCGCCACUGUUUUUCGCAGGGCUCAAUAUUCAGGUGAUAGACUUAAGCCAGCAAUACUUCCAUAACAUCUCAGGCCACCUGUUUCGAAAUCUUACUUCACUGCAGUCGCUGCACAUGGUAGACUGUGUAUUCGAGGAAGAGACUGCCUCUGCCGUAGAUACGUUAUUCUCGGGGCUCACGUCGCUGCAACAUUUGGAUCUCAGUUUGGAGAAAAAUUUUAGAGACGAAUCUCGCUAUACACACAUUCAGUUGCAGAACAACAUGUUCAAAGACCUCGCGUCCCUCAAAACACUGAAGAUGACUGGCUGGUUUUCUCAGCGAAGACUUUCACUUCCUCCUAAGAUAUUCGCAGGCUUGCGUUCCUUACAGGUAUUAGAUCUUCAAGAUCUUGGAUGGUCUGCUUCUGUCAAGAACAUCGUGAACUUGCCAGGAAACUUAUUCGAAGAUUUAGAUCGUUUGGAAUACUUGAAUCUUGCAAACGCUGCACUGGACAGUUUGGAUAAAGACACAUUUAAUGGCCUAACAAACCUCCGGAAGUUGUAUCUUAAUGGGACAUUGCUGACUCAACAGGGAUUGUCGACCUUGCCUUUCGCUAAUCUCAAACGGUUAGAGACAUUAUCAUUGACAAAGUUGCCCCAGCUGGCUGAUCUAGUUCCCAAUCUGUUCGUAGGUGCAGAGAGUCUUUCCAUGAUUGAUCUGACAGGCUGUGAUUUAACAGCUAUCCAAUCGGGAACCUUCCGCCACCUGAAAAAUCUCACAUUACUGAAAAUGCGACAACCGAGAACCAUUGAGAAAGGAGCGUUCGACUUCGAGAAUCAAAGGGGCGUCCGUAUUGAUUUGUUGUUUCCGUUCGAUUUCUCGCCGUACUCAUUUCCCGAUGACUUCGCCAAACUCUUCAGCAACAGGACCUUGAUGGAAAACUCUUCUAUCCAAAUAAACUUCAACUUUGUUCCAUACUUUGACUGUGACUGUAGGAUGGCGUCCUUGUCUGUGUCCUAUUGGAGGGACCCAACCUUAACCGGACGAAUCAUGCCGAAAGCUGCUUGCUUGUUUGUUCUAUCUAGACAGGGCAGCCCAUCUUGGUGUCAUAGUACUGUUGAUGUGGGCUAUGAAAUAAUUGACAGAACAACCUGCACCUUAAACAAUGCCAACGAAGUUGCGGUUGUUGUUAACAACGUUUCUAACAAUGUCCUACGGUGUCCCGUUGCCUCCCCGCCUUGUCCGGAGCGAUGUUACUGUAGAACAAGCACGUUUGUCGCCGAGGUGUUCUGCACCGGACGCGGGCUUACUGCCGUGCCGGACCGAUAUCCGGCUGACACCGCCCUGGCGAGACUCGACGUAAACUCCAUACAAUACGUCCCGUCUUUCGCGUUCGGAAACGCGCCAAAUCUUCUCAUACUAAACCUGAGCACAAACGCCAUUCGAGAGGUCAAUGGCUCCGCGUUUCUUGGACUGCGCCGUCUCGCGGUGUUGUACUUGGACGGGAACGACUUGUCCCACGUUCCGGCGGAUCUCCUGAAACCCCUUGCGAGCCUCCGGGUCCUGUGGUUGAGCGACAACAACCUCGUGGAUGCUCCAACGUAG